AUGCGAUUGUUCAUUGUGUUGGGUGUUAUUGUUCUCACACGGCUGAUCGACAACCCCUACAAUCACCAUGUUUCGCUGGUUGCAUCCCCCACCCUCGCCCGCCCCCGCCCUCGGAUGCCGGAGAUUGGAGAAGAAGGGAGAGGUAGAGGGGGGGUGAUGUUUUCUCUGAGACCGAGGUUCUUCGUCGAGGAAGGCUAUGACGAGGCCCGCCACUUCUUGGACUCGUGCUUCCUCUGCAAGAGACCCCUCUCCCGGAACCGCGACGUCUUCAUGUACAGAGGAGACACACCAUUCUGCAGCGUGGAGUGCCGGCAAGAGCAGAUCGAGAUGGACGAGGCCAGGGAACAGAAGUUGAAGCUUUCUUUAAAGAAUUCUUCGACAAAGGAGCAGCAGAACGCAUCAAAAACCAGCGCGAUCAACAGCCCACCGAAGUCCCAGAAGAUCCAUGUCAAAGCCGGUACCGUUGUUGCCAGCUAA